AAAUUCAACGGACGUGCAUCGUCCAACACCAGAGAACGCAACGGUCUAUCGCUUCGUCGAUAUUAGCUAACCGAUAAACAACUUCCCAACUCACUCCCGCCGACCGCCAUAGCCGCCGCCGCCGCCACUCCCGGCCUCCCUUCCGCCGACCCCAAUCUCUCUCUCGUAUCACUUAACAUGUUCGUACUGCCUCCGCCACUCCCGACUCGGUUUCCUUCAAUCCAUCUCUCGUCCCCUACCCACUACAUCCGCCACCAGCUCCUCUUUUCCGCUCCCACAACCGCCGCUCUCAGCCCCAAUUCCGCCAGCAACGGCUCCCUCUCCACUUCCCCCUUGCAGCUCCGCUCUGACCUCGAUCCUGAGCCCCGGAAAGAGGAGGAGGAAGACGAUGAGGAAGAAGAAGACAUCCUCGCCCUCCAGUCCCGCCGCUACGACUUCACUCCCCUCCUCGAUUUCCUUUCGUCGUCCGUCACCUCUAGCUCCGAUUCGGAGUCGGCCGACUCGCCAACCACCCUCGACUCGACUGAAUUCCAGCUCGCUGAGUCGUACCGCGCCGUGCCGGCCCCGCUCUGGCACUCCCUCCUCAAAGACCUGUCCUCCUCCUCCACCUCACUUGCUUACGCCCUCGUCUCGUGGCUCCAGCGCCACAACCUCUGCUUCUCCUACGAGCUCCUCUACUCUAUCCUAAUCAACGCGCUUGGCCGUUCUGAGAAGCUCUACGAAGCUUUCCUUCUCUCUCAGAGGCAAAGGUUAACUCCUCUGACCUACAAUGCGUUAAUCGGAGCCUGCGCUCGGAAUGAAGACCUUGAGAAAGCCCUAAACCUGAUGUCCAGGAUGCGGCAGGACGGAUACCAAUCGGAUUUUGUGAACUACAGCCUGAUCAUUCAGUCUCUCACGCGUAGCAAUAAGAUUGAUUCAUCGAUUCUGCAGAAGCUUUAUCGGGAAAUCGAGUUCGAUCGGAUCGAGAUGGAUUCGCAGCUGUUUAAUGAUAUGGUUGUCGGGUUUGCUAGGGCCGGCAAUGCGAAUAAAGCUCUGUACUUUCUUGGUAUGGCUCAAGCUUAUGGUUUGAGCCCUAAAACUGCCACUUUGGUGUCGGUUAUUUUCGCAUUGGGGUGUUCGGGUAGAACUGAGGAGGCUGAAGCUGUGUUCGAGGAAAUGAAAGAAGGGGGCUUGAAGCCGAGAACUCGGGCUUAUAAUGCUUUACUAAAAGGGUAUGUUAAGUCGGGUUCUUUAAAAGACGCGGAAUACAUUGUUUCUGAGAUGGAGAGGAAUGGAGUUUCACCGGAUGAGCACACUUAUGGGCUUCUUAUUGAUGCAUAUGCAAAUGCAGGUAGGUGGGAGAGCGCCAGAAUUGUGUUGAAAGAAAUGGAAGAAAGUAAUGUGAAGCCCAACUCCUUCAUUUUCAGUAGGAUCUUAGCUAGUUAUCGGGACAGAGGAGAGUGGCAGAGGAGCUUCCAGGUCUUGAAGGAGAUGAAGAGUUGUGGGGUAAGCCCUGAUCGGCAUUUUUAUAAUGUGAUGAUUGAUACUUUUGGGAAGUAUAACUGUCUUGAUCAUGCUAUGGCCACUUUCGAGAGAAUGCUCUCAGAGGGAAUUGAACCUGACAAUGUCACUUGGAAUACACUCAUUGAUUGCCACUGCAAAUCGGGACAGCAUGAUCGAGCUGAAGAGUUGUUUGAGGAGAUGAAGGAGAAGGGGUUUUUGCCUUGCACAACGACUUACAACAUUAUGAUUAAUUCAUUUGGAGAGCAGCAGCGGUGGGAGGACGUGAAGGGCUUGUUUCGGAAGAUGAAGAGCCAAGGGUUGCUUCCAAAUGUGGUCACAUACACUACACUUGUCGAUAUAUAUGGUCAGUCAGGAAGGUUCAAUGAUGCAAUAGAAUGUCUGGAGGCUAUGAAGUCUGCAGGAUUGAAGCCGUCAUCAACCAUGUAUAAUGCCUUGAUCAAUGCAUACGCUCAAAGGGGCUUGUCCGACCAAGCACUUGAUGCCUUCCGGGUCAUGAAAGCAGAUGGUCUAAAACUGAGUCUUUUAGCUCUUAAUUCGUUGAUCAAUGCAUUUGGGGAGGACAGGAGGGAUGUCGAAGCUUUUGCCGUCUUGCAGUACAUGAAGGAAAACGAUGUGAAACCUGACGUCGUCACAUAUACCACACUUAUGAAGGCUCUGAUUCGCGUCGAUAAGUUUCAGAAGGUUCCAGACGUGUAUGAGGAAAUGAUUACGUCGGGUGUGAUGCCUGAUAGGAAAGCUAGAGCAAUGCUUCGAUCUGCUCUGAGGUACAUGAAACAGGCACUCAAGUCCAGAUAGUGAAAAUGAAAGAUAUUCAUUAUACUUGAAUUCCAGCCUUUAUGAGCCCUCUGGGUCAGCCGAAGCAAAGAGUUAUUGGUCAUUCGCCGAGAAUGAUCCAGUCAGCAAUCAAUACAGUUCAGGCCACUGGAUUCAUCAGAAGCAGAUAAGUUUGUGAUGGGUAACCAUCAUUUGCUGAGAAGUUUGCUUGCACAUAUUACAAACUCACGAUAUGAUUACUCAAAUUCCGGUGGAGGAGACCCUUUUGCAGCAAAGGAUGAUUGAUCAUAUAUUCUUUGCCCGGUUUUAUCCGUGGAAUCUAGCUGAGACCCAUGAGAAAUUCAGACUGCAGCUGAUCAUAUGGUGCAUAUCUCGGUCAAAUUACUGAAUCUGAAUUAGAUCCUGUGCUGCCUGCAUUGCAACACACCAUUCCUUCACGUAUUCUCUAGCCACUAUCGACCGAGCAUGUUCUUUUCAAAAUAGUCUUGUAAUAUAUUCAUGUCCCGUUGUACUGUUCAAAUCCAAUGCCCGAGUCUCUACUUCCAAGUGAUUCUGCUGCAAGUUUGUAAAGAAGAAUCAGGCGGCAUAAAUUGCAUCUGCCGUAAUGCCAUCUAUUUUGAGCUUACUAAUAUCCCGAUUUGCCUCA